AUGUCUCUGGUUUUAGCCAAGGGACCAGUAGCAGCAACAACAGCGGAUUCUAGGUACACCUACAACAACAACAACAACAACUAUCAGUUCCCGGUGGGUAGCGUGGCUGUUGACCUCCACACAGACAGCAGCAGUGCUGACAGUUUUGGUGACCCCAGAAGUCACCCAGGGUUAACUCAUCUUCAACACCAGCACCAGAGAAAGCUUAGCGAAGAACUGAGCCGACAUGAGGAACAGCAGCAGCAGUACAACAGUCGACUAGUCAACAUCUCCCGCAACAACAGCGUCAGUUCCAGCAGCAGUAGUCUAGUGUGUGCAAGUCCUAGUGUCAGCAGUCAUCACAGGAGCAUGCCUUCAGCCUUUGGAGUGUACGAUAGUUCCGAG